CCUCUCUUUCUCUCUCUCUCUCUCUCUCUCUCUAACCGUAGUCAUCCUCCACAAUUCUCAAAUGUUCGAGCAGAUGAGAUGAGACACAUCUGAGGUUCGUGUGUGAAUCUAUGUCCAUCUCGGCCGUUCAUCAUCUCGAGAUCAAAUCUCGAGACUGUUCGACGGUGAUAGAUUCACGCACAAACUCCUGAUCUGUCUUCUCUUCACCACCCAGUUAUUUCCCUUCCUUUUCCGGGAAGACAUGAUUAUUUUUCAUUUAUUUUCUUUUAAUUUUCCUUUUUAAUUUUUUGGCGCCCUUUUCUUGUUUUAAUUUUCGCUUUCGCUUUUAGCUCCCUCAAUGCUUUUAAAUACAGGGUGAUUUUAGUUAAAAUUUUUGGAUCGGAUCAGAUCAGAUGGCGACGGGAUCCGUGGAUGCGUCGUCGUUUCCAAUCGACGGUGACGAGCCGUUGGUCGCGGCGACCGAUGUGGAGCUCCUGAAGAGGGCGUGGCGUCACGAGAAGGCGGCGCCCGAGAUUCUUCAGUUCCAGGGCGAUUUGGUCCAGGCGAUCAGAGAGCAGAUCCAGCAGAUGGAAGAUAUUGUGGAGGAGUUUGCUGAAAGUGGGUCUGAUCCCCUCACUGUAUCACUUUACCAGAUGGACUUGGACAGGGCUCAGUUCCUGCUUAGAUCGUAUCUCCGGAUUCGUCUUCAAAAGGUGGCCACCAACUGUCAUCCUUAUUUGAUUGAGAAAUACAUGAUCCACAUUUCAGAAUCUGAUAUGCUAAACCAGCUUUCUGAACAAGAACAGAAGUUUGCCAAAAGGUGUACGGAUGAUAUGGAGAAACAUCUUGAGCAGUCUGUUCUGUCAAGAUUGCCUCUAUUUUAUCAGUCAAUUCGAAAGCAAUCCUCAUCAAGCGAAGAGAAUGACAUGGUUCCAGAGCCACCGGUGGAUUCAUUUGUAUUCUGCAAGAGCAAGGGAUCCUGGGGCGCUCUACAGCUCGAUGAAAGGGAGGACCCGCUGGAGCUGGUUGCGGAUGAUCUCUACAUUCUCCGUUAUCUAUCAAUCAAGCCCCUUGUUGAGACUGGCCAAGUUGACUUGGUCUAACCUCCACUAAAAUAAAUUAUAGGAGUCGUAAUAAGAUGUGCAUGCUCAUCAAAUAAAUGUUGCAUCUCUUUAUUUAUUUAUAUUUUUUGGAUUAUCGGGAGAACUCCAUCAUGAGCCACUCUUUGGAUCCUCCCAAUGCGGCAUCAAACUCACGGGUCGGUGAACUUUUCCUUUGGUUCACUGGCCAAAUUAAUUGGAUGCAUUUACGAUAUUCAUGCAUAGGUUAGGCAUUUGUCAAAUCCAAUCUCUUGUUAGGCAUUUGUGAAAUCCAAUCUCAGGACAUGUGUCAAGAGCCAUCCAUGGCAAAGUCAGGCUGCCAAAACUGAGCGUGUCAACGGGGAUGGAACACAAUUCCUUCACUGGUGUGGCCGCACCUUUUCACCUCACCCAUGCCUUGGGGGCAUCUUUUGUAUGUUUCUUUAGAUCGAUUUGUGUGGCAUGAUUUUAAUGGGAAGACAAUACUCAAUAGACAAGUUUUUUUCUUGUAGUGACUAAA